AUAAGAAGAAAAGAAAAGAAAAGAAAAGAAAAUGAUCAUUCACCAUGUUUUUCUGCUUAUACAUACACUAUUGUCAAGUCAGCAACAAUGAAAGAUUUGUCCAUCUUGUCUUGUGGGUAAUUCUGUCGUACACUGCAUUGAAGUCGUUGAGCUGACAAUGGUGUGUAUUUUAUGCCCUUCUGACUUUAAUCAACCCUUCUCGCCAUUGAUUGGGGAGAAAGCUUCAUUACAAUCACACCGUUUAAAUCGUCUGUAAUUAAGCAUUUAAUAAAUUGAACGGAACCAAAACGACGACGUUUUAAAUUCGUCUUGAAAAAUCGUCACAGUCAGACCUCAAUGGUGUUAGAUCUCAUGGGUGACGUUUGUGUAUGAGUCCCAUCAUCUGACUCCGUUGAUCAGGCCAAUCUUCAAGAUUCCAGCGGGUCCCACGUAAACGCCCAUCUCGAAACUAUCAACCGUUGAUCUUUAUCCUCACACUACUACUGGUUCACGCGAUUUACAUCUGAGGUGUUCUGCGUGCAGUCCCAGGUGUUCAAAAGUGCAACCUCUUGGGCCCGCAGCAGACACAUCUUCCCGCUUGUCAGAUAGACACGUGUCGAAAUUUGAAAUAGAGAGAUGAGAGAGAGCGCUUUAUUUGUUUUAUUCAGGUAUCGUUGAGGUUCCUGCCUCGUUGUCACCAUCAUCAAAAUUCACAAACCAGAGAGAGAAAGAUAAAGGGCGUUUUUGGAGCUUUUUACGAAGAGAAAAGUAUUCUUCUAGAAAGACAAGAGAGCUAUGGAGAACAAUUCUUGUAAGGUUGUGGAAGAGAAGGAGGGUGAGGAGGAGGAGGUGGGGCCGAUCGCCGUGGAUGAGGAGGAAGGGCAGGUAGGGUCUAGCCUGACCAUGGAAAGGGUGGCUGCAGCCAAACAGUUCAUCGAGAGCCACUACAAAGCUCACAUGAAGCAUAUCCAAGAACGCAAGGAAAGGCGUUCCAUACUGGAAAGGAGGUUUGCAUGUUCAGAUGUUCCACAAGAGGAACAAAUCAAUAUGCUGAAGGAUUUGGAGCGCAAAGAAACAGAAUAUAUGCGACUCAAAAGGCACAAGAUUUGUGUUGAUGAUUUUGACCUCCUAACUAUUAUUGGGAGAGGAGCUUUUGGAGAGGUUAGAUUAUGUCGAGAAAAAAAAUCAGGUAAUAUUUACGCCAUGAAAAAGUUGAAGAAGUCAGAAAUGCUUAGCAGGGGCCAGGUUGAACAUGUUCGGGCGGAGAGAAAUUUGCUAGCAGAAGUUGGCAGUCAUUGCAUUGUGAAACUCUACUAUUCCUUCCAAGACGCUGAUUAUCUGUACCUAAUUAUGGAAUAUCUGCCUGGAGGUGACAUGAUGACUUUGCUGAUUAGAGAAGAGACUCUGACUGAAACUGUGGCUAGAUUUUACAUUGCUCAAAGUGUUUUGGCUAUAGAAUCUAUUCAUAAACAUAACUACAUUCAUAGAGAUAUAAAACCUGACAACCUUCUACUUGAUAAAAGUGGGCAUAUGAAGCUUUCUGAUUUUGGUCUUUGCAAGCCACUUGAUUGUAGAAAUUUGUCUGCUAUAAACGAGAAUGAACCAUUGCACGAUGAGAACUUGAAUGAAUCAAUGGAUGUUGAUGGAAGCCUUCCGGGAAGUCGUGGUGGAAGGCGUUGGAAAAGCCCACUUGAACAACUACAGCAUUGGCAGAUAAACAGGAGGAAACUGGCAUAUUCUACUGUUGGUACACCAGAUUAUAUUGCUCCAGAAGUUUUACUGAAGAAAGGAUAUGGGAUGGAGUGUGACUGGUGGUCACUUGGUGCUAUAAUGUACGAAAUGCUAGUUGGUUAUCCCCCAUUUUACUCGGAUGAUCCUGUGACGACAUGCAGAAAGAUUGUUCAUUGGAGACAUUACUUGAAAUUUCCAGAGGAGGCAAGGCUGACUCCUGAAGCAAAGGAUCUGAUUUGUCGGUUGCUUUGCGAUGUUGAACAUAGACUUGGUACUAUGGGGGCAGGCCAAAUUAAAGUUCAUCCUUGGUUCAAAGAUGUUGUAUGGGACAAACUCUAUGAAAUAGAGGCAGCAUUCAAACCACAGGUCAACGGGGAACUUGAUACUCAAAAUUUUAUGAAAUUUGAUGAGGUGGAACCUCCGAGACCAGGACGAACUGGAUCUGGAGCAAUGAGGAAGAUGUUGACUUCUCAAGAUCUUAGUUUUGUCGGCUACACGUACAAAAAUUUUGAUGCUGUCAAAGGUUCGCAUCAUUCAAUUGAUAUAAAGAGAUGCACAUCUCCGAAGUGGUCAUCAAUGGACUCUUCACACAGUGAUUCUGUGGUGGAAUAUUCUAAAUAUUCAGUAGAUGAUAUAGAAGCCCAGAUACAGCAAUCAUCAGGGGAUGCUAUGUCACAGUGAGGAGUGCACAAACACUCAGUAAAAGUGCCACGGCAAUGAUGUUGGUGUUACCUGCUUAUUUCAGUCAGGUUCUACCAUAAUCUGGAUGCCAGUGAUGUUAUCUGCUGCACGCUGCAAAAAAUUUCUAACUGUACAGAAAUAUUGGAGAACUUCUGGAAGGCACUUGGUUGAGCGACAACACUUGGUAACUGUAAGCUUUCUAACCAUUUAGACUAUACAAUAUAUAGAGGUGCUGAUUACCCAGAUUAGCAAGCCAAAUAUAUGCCCCCAAUGGUGGCAGUUUUUGGCCUUUGAAAAAAAUCUUCUUGUUAGUUUAGGGAACUGGAAAGUGCUUCAAAACGAUAUUAACGACAGUGACUUUGCUAAAGGAUAUGGCCUGAUCCUUCAAGAGUUUGGAGAGCGAAGCCCAGAAAUACAAGUUUUUAAGCUUCAAAUAAUAUAUGUAUUUGCUUUUUGGAGCAUCACUUUAUUCUAGCCCAGAUCCUUAUUUGUAGGUGGAAAGGGGAUGAACUGUGUACUUGGAUAUACAUACAUGUUUAAUGGAGCAUUUUUGAGUUCAAGCAAAGUUUAAAGAUCUA